CUGGAGAGGUGCGAUGUCUGUGACUUUCAGAGUUCAGUUGUAUUUCUUCUUGCUGAGCCUAUCAGCUCUCAAGGGACAGAGUCGGUACCUGGAGGAAAAUGAAAUUACUCCAGAGGGAUUAUUCUCACUUUUGAAUUCCGAACUCAAAAGAGAUUUGCCAGAUGAUUUGAUUUACCGUCGACCUCUACGAUGCCUGGACAUGCUGGCCACGGAAGGCCAGUUCACCUUCACCGCCGACCGCCCGCACCUCAACUGCGCAGCGUUCUUCAUCGGAGAGCCCAACGAGAUCAUCAGCAUAGAGUACAGCAGCGUGAACAUCGACUGCGGCGGCGGGGAUUUCAUCAAGGUGUUUGAUGGCUGGGUCAUGAAAGGGGAGAAGUUCCCCAGCAGCCAGGACCACCCUCUACCCCUGUACGAGCGAUACGUGGACUACUGCGAGACUGGCUCGGUCCGGCAGGUGGUCCGCUCCUCGCAGAACGUGGCCAUGAUCUUCUUCCGCAUACAUAAUGCGGGGAGUGGAUUCAGCAUCACAGUGAAGAAACUCAUCAACCCCUUCCCCUGCAACAUAAUCUCUCAGACCCCAGAGGGCAGCUUCACUAUGAUAAUCCCUCAGCAGCACAAGAACUGCAGCUUCUCCAUCAUAUAUCCUGUGGAGAUCCAGAUCGCCGAGCUCAGCCUGGGGCACUUCAAUGACUUCCCUGUGAAGAGGGCUGUUCCAGGGUGUGCUGGAGCAGGAGACUUUGUGGAGCUCCUUGGGGGCAAUGGUGUGGACACCUCCAAGAUGUACCCUGUGGCCGACCUUUGCUAUUCCUUCAGUGGCCCCGCUCAAAUGAAGAUUGGAUGCGAUAACACUGUAGUGAGAAUGGUGUCUAGCGGCAAAUUCAUAAACCGAGUGACUUUUCAGUAUCGGCUACUGGACCGCAACGAGCUCCAGAAAAUCAAAGGAAACAACGUGGAGGACUUCUGCUUCAUAGAAUGAGUUCUGCUCUCCUGCCUCAUCAAGGGGGAAUGACUGAAAGCCAAAUAACUAUGUGACUGAUGUGGGAAUAGCAGCUGGCAUCACCAAAUCAUGUACAUUUUCUUUUGGAAGUUUUAUUUAUUCAUUACCUCAGAUUUUGUUUUCUCGUCAUGUAAAUUGAAUCCCUGACUGAUAUAGGCUCAAUAAAACUGUAUUUUGUGUUUGUGUGCACUGCUACUACAUUAUUUGGUACUCUCUUUCUACAGUAUAUCAAAUGCAGAGUCAUUUCAGUUUCAGUGACCAUAUGAACAGUCACCCUGAAAGACACAUGUUAUCCCUUGACAGUACAUCUUAUUUAUAAUUUAUUUUGUGAAAUCUUGCACAUCUUGUUUGAGAAGUUCAAGAAAUGGAUAUGUUCUCAAUAAGGUC